AUGCCUGGGGGCCCGGGCGCGCCCUCUUCUCCCGCAGCAUCCUCAGGCUCCUCACAUGCCGCACCGUCGGGGAUCGCGGCGUGUCCUCCGCCCCCGCCUCCCCUAGCCCGGGGGUCUCCACAAGCUUCCAGUCCCCGGCGCGGCGCCAGCGUCCCGCAGAAGCUGGCGGAGACACUGAGCAGCCAGUAUGGACUGAAUGUGUUCGUGGCGGGACUGCUGUUCUUGCUGGCCUGGGCGGUGCACGCGACGGGUGUGGGCAAGAGCGACCUGCUGUGCGUACUAACUGCGCUCAUGCUGCUGCAGCUGCUCUGGAUGCUGUGGUACGUGGGUCGCAGCUACAUGCAGCGCCGCCUCAUCCGCCCCAAGGAUACGCAUGCGGGUGCGCGCUGGCUCCGCGGAAGCAUCACAUUGUUCGCAUUUAUCACCAUUGUCCUGGGAUGCUUGAAAGUUGCAUACUUCAUUGGAUUCUCAGAGUGCUUGUCAGCCACGGAGGGCGUUUUCCCAGUCACCCAUGCAGUGCAUACACUGCUGCAGGUCUAUUUUCUCUGGGGCCAUGCCAAGGAUAUUAUCAUGUCUUUCAAAACACUGGAAAGGUUCGGGGUGAUUCACUCAGUGUUCACAAACCUGCUGCUGUGGGCCAACAGUGUCCUGAACGAGUCAAAACACCAGCUGAAUGAGCACAAGGAACGGCUGAUCACUCUGGGCUUCGGCAACAUCACCAUCGUUUUGGAUGACCACACACCACAGUGUAACUGCACACCGCCUGCCCUCUGCUCUGCCCUCUCCCAUGGGAUUUACUAUCUGUACCCCUUCAACAUCGAGUACCAGAUCCUGGCCUCGACCAUGCUCUACGUGCUGUGGAAGAACAUCGGGCGCAGGGUGGACAGCUCUCGGCACCAGAAGAUGCAGUGCAGAUUUGACGGGGUCCUGGUGGGCUCGGUGCUGGGCCUGACAGUGCUGGCUGCCACCAUCGCAGUGGUUGUGGUGUACAUGAUCCACAUUGGGCGCUCCAAGUCCAGGAGCGAGUCAGCUCUCAUCAUGUUUUAUUUGUAUGCUAUCACGGUGCUGCUGCUUAUGGGGGCCGCGGGGCUAGUCGGAAGCUGGAUUUACAGGGUAGAUGAGAAGUCUCUGGAUGAGUCAAAGAACCCGGCCCGCAAGCUGGACGUCGACCUGUUGGUGGCCACAGCCUCCGGCUCCUGGCUCCUCUCCUGGGGCUCCAUUCUGGCCAUCGCCUGCGCUGAGACCCGCCCACCCUACACCUGGUACAACCUGCCCUACUCGGUCCUGGUGAUCGUGGAGAAGUAUGUCCAGAACAUUUUCAUCAUCGAGUCCGUGCACCUCGAGCCGGAGGGGGUCCCCGAGGAUGUGCGCACUCUGCGUGUGGUCACGGUCUGCAGUGGUGAGGCUGCCGUAUUGGCUGCAUCCACUCUCGGGAGCCAGGGGAUGGCCCAGGACGGGUCGCCUGCUGUCAAUGGGAAUCUGUGUCUGCAGCAAAGGUGCGGCAAAGAGGAGCAGGAAGCUGGCUGGGAAGGAGCUACAGGGACAACCCGAUGUCUGGACUUCCUUCAGGGAGGCAUGAAGAGGAGGCUGCUCAGAAACAUCACGGCCUUUCUGUUCCUUUGCAACAUCUCGCUUUGGAUCCCCCCUGCCUUUGGCUGCCGUCCAGAGUAUGACAACGGAUUGGAGGAAAUUGUCUUUGGCUUUGAACCCUGGAUAAUUGUGGUCAACCUGGCCAUGCCCUUUUCCAUUUUCUACCGGAUGCACGCAGCUGCUGCCCUCUUUGAGGUCUAUUGUAAGAUCUAGCUUGAGUCCUCAUGAAAGGAGAAGGGACUGGGGAACAAGGGGGCUCCGCAGCCACCUGUGAAGGGCAGGGCUGAGCAAACACUGUCUGACAAAGGCCAGAAGGAUGCCUUUUGUCUUGACUGUGUCUGGAGUUGCCCUCUUCCUGGCUGAGAGAGAGCAGUUAAAUCAACCGCACAAGGUAACUGGAGCAGGUCCUUAGCCAAUUCCAAUCGGAUCCAAAAUUAUUUGAGCUCUUUUUGGCUGAGACCCUGUGUUUUAGAAGAAAGUGAUCCAAGUUUGGGUUAAAGUGAUGGAGUUUUUCAUAACAAGCAUUUUCCUGUCUGUAAUUUAUAUGACUGUGUACAACUUUUUCCUGGCUAUCUGUGUAUCAAUCCAUUUACAUUUUUUUUUUUCCUGUUCAGAGUUACUGGGUCUGGAAACAAAUGCAUUUUAGUUUGUAGUUUAAUAUUUGAGCUGGCUUAAUUUUGAUCAACUGCAUGAGAGUUUGUUUCUAAAUUAAUACAAACACAUGGCCCUCCCUAAA